AAAAAGAAAAAAGAAAACUUUUCCUUUUCUUAACUGCCCUGCCUUUCCCUCUUCUCUCUGUGCACUGGAAUUGCUCACCAUCCCCAUCUUUCCUUCUUGUCCUUGCUGGCGACAGUCCAGAUCACAUCACAUGCAUAACAUUCCACUCGGCAAAAUGGUCAAGGGACACGACUCGUGAAAGCUUGACUUGGCGGAGUCAACCACCAAAACCAGCAUGAACGGAGACAGCAACCACUGCGCAAUCACGGUGGCCGCGGAAAGUGGGCGCAGCUGGUCUUAUCGCAUUCAGAGCCGGUUUUGGGAGACGCCUACUCUUCUGAAGCCCUCGGCCGGCACCUACUCUUGCUACAUCUUCAGAGUACCCAAGAGCAGGGUGGACAGCAACGACAACGCUUACAAGCCCCGGAUUGUGUCCAUCGGCCCGUACCACCAUGGACAAGAGCGGUUGAAGCUGAUCGAGCAGCACAAACCUCGAGUGUUCUCCACAAUGCUCAAUCGGUCUAUAGGCCGCGUGGGCCCAAUUGAUUACUUUAAUGCUAUCGCCUCGUGGGAGACCGACAUACGGGAAAGCUACUCAGAGACCCUCGAUUGGAAAACCUCAGAUUUGAUCGAGAUGAUGAUUCUCGAUGCUUGUUUCAUUGUCGAGUUAUUCCAUGCCAACAGAAGGGUGACUCCAUCGGAUGACGACAACCCCUUGUUCUACACGCCAAGAAUUGUAUCAUCCCUCAUGGUUGACCUCCUCAUGAUUGAAAAUCAGAUCCCAUUCUUCGUUCUUCAGGAGAUCUACACAUUAUCCAAGUCUCCUUCUGAUGCCGACUGCUCCCUCCAUGACAUCGCCUUAGAGUUCUUCAACAGUGCGCUCCGAUUGCCAGAGAAAGAUCUCCAGAGAUACAAUCGAGUCCCCAAUAUCACGCACUUGCUCGACUUGUUCCGACUGUGCUUGGUCGGCGAAUUUAAGCCCGAAGAACCCCCACGGGUCGAUAAAGAGUUGCUGCAACUGAUGCCCUCCACAAACCAGCUGCUUCUCGAGGGAAUAAAGUUUAAACAGGCGAACAGCAAGAACCUAAAAGAUAUCAAGUUCGAUCACGGAGUGCUCCAAAUCCCUUCUCUGACUAUCGACCAUUUCACCGGCUCCUUCCUCCUCAACUGCGUGGCCUAUGAGCAGGGCUACCGUUAUUGCUCCAGCCACAUCUCCAGUUACGUGAUCCUCAUGAGAUGUCUCAUGAGCACGGCAGAGGAUGUGGCGGUCCUAUCUCAGUGCAGGAUAAUCACGAAUUUCCUAGGGACCGACAAGGAGGUCGUGAGGUUCUUCCGUGAUGUCGCCAAGGAUAUCCUGUUCAAUAUAAAGUCAAGCUACUUGGCCGAGAUAUUCGGGCAAGUCACCCAUUACCGUCGGAACAAGUGGCGGUUGCGAUGGGCGGGAAUCAAGCGCGAGUACUUCGGCAGCCCCUGGACCUUCAUUUCAGCGGCCGCUGGUUUCACUCUCUUAGUUCUUACUAUUAUCCAGGCCUUCUUCACCGUUUAUCCUUAUUAUCGUCCCAAGAAGUGACCGAACCCUGCGACACAGCUUCGGAGAGAUAGAUGAUGCUGAUGUACAUCCGACCAGUAAAAUUUGUGCGUCAUAUCCGGGUUCUGCUUUGGCUACUGUACUCUUAAUACGUUUUGGAUUGCUUAAACUUAAAUACUUUUUCAUCA